AUGGGGACUCUUCUCAUUGACAAAGCUCUCGAGCUGCUAACCUCGGAGAAGCAGAAGGAGCGCUCGGAUGGCCUCGCAGGUGGUGCCUGUAAUGCUAAUUGCGGCUGGUCUAGUUCGGACCUCAAUGACAAGGCCUGUCACAAGAUUUUCGAGUCGCUAUUCCGAUUUGUCGCAGUGGAAAGAUUGAUUUACAACCGAGCUCAACGGUCGAAUUCCCGAAGCCCUUCCACCGCACGUUUGUCCACUUGCGCGUCUGUGCUGCGGACUACAGUUGAUAUUUUCCUGCGCAAUUUGAGGUUUAAAACCGUCCGCGCGAUCAUUGACCACAUAACCGAAACCAUAUCCGCUCCAGGAGAAGGACUGUGGGAGCCUCUGAGUGUUGAUUAUACCAAGUGCCUGGCGUCAUUGCUUCGCUACGCACCCCACAUCGAGCACCUAGGCGAUGCUGAAUGGGAAAAGCUCAUAGAUUUCUGCUUGGCAGUCAUCAGCAACCAAGAUAGUGAUGAAAGCCAGCUCAGCAUCCGAACCGAUGGGCAGCGGUCUGCCCCUGAAGACCUACCCGAUGUCAGUGACAGCCGUUCCACACCGUCAAGAAUGACACCCGCGCCGGCCUUGAGGGAGAAAUACGUGAGUGAUAGAAAUGUCACCGGAGAGGUUGUAGAGUGUAUCCAGCUUUUGGUCACAAGCCCGAAUGCUCCAGUCCAAGCCACUGCAGAGAACAUCUUGCAGGGACUAGUCGGUUUCGUCAAGUUGUCAUCCACGUUGGCAGGCAGUACCCAGCAACUGGCGUUCAGUAGCAUCAAUGCGCUUGUCUCGAAGGUUUUAUUCGACCAGUCAGACCUAGUUCGAUCAACCUUGCUAGGUUUGAUUCCAGUACUUCGGCGUUUGUGGUCCACGAAGCUGCAAACGGUCAGGGACGAGUUGCUUGUGACUGUGAUGUUCUGCGUAAUAAUCCUUCUCGAUGCGGUCCGCAAGGAACCAACCGAGGGGCAACCAUCUGAAAUGCUAACGCGGUCAAUUGAAGGACUGACACAUACCCUUUAUUCGGAGUACUUGAAACGACCGGAGAAGGAAAUGCUUCAGAUCGACGAAAUCCUCUUGCACAAGGACACUGCGAAAAACGAUAGACCGAUCUAUGGGCCUCGUCUUGGAAAUCAACGUUCAGAACAGAGCUGGACACUAGUAUGGGCGAUUGCGACUCUUGUGAUGUUGUCAGAGCGUAUCGCCUUUCGUACUUCGGACGAUGAUGCAUCCCAGGAAGGCCCCAGCAAAAGACGACGUUUCAAUUCUGGGGUUGAUGAUAUCUUUCGAGAUGCGGUAUCUGCAACUGGAACUCGGCGAAUUUGUGCAUUGCAGCUGGUCCCUUUUCUUGAGAAUGGACACCUCGAAAAUGGGACUAGCUUCGAAAGAAAAGAGGAAUUAAUUCAGCGGCUCAUCCCUAGCAUCGUCGAUGAUAACAGUGCUGCUUCAUCAUGGACUAUGGUGGCAUUGGCAAGUUAUCAAAACAGUUUCACUGGCUGUUCUGCCGCUAAGCUGCCACCACUCAAGAACUCCUGGGUAAAGAUUGUGGAUCUCACAUCUCGUGCAGUGUCUUCGUUUCCCACGUCAAGAGCUGCGUGCAACCUCAUGAGCCUGAUUCUCGAAUCCGAUUUGUUGGAUUACUCGGUUGUCACAGAAUACAUUCGUUCAACAUUGGCGUCCGCAAGCUUGAAUGGUCCCUCUACGCUCUCUGACGCAUCCUUAGGCCUAUGGGCCUCGAUAGCACGACGGAAAACGCAAUUGAAUCUUGCGUCCGUUCAAAAUGCGUCCAAGCAAAUUUGCAGCUGGCUGAGAGAGGCUUGGGCUAUCGAUCGCCGGAUUCGCACGGCCGUUGAAUCUGUUGAAUCUUUUUUGGCAUGCACCGAAAGACCAUUCGAACUGCCACCCAAUAUUAGGCCGGGCACCACAGGUUCUGUGGCUGGAACCUGGUGUUUCAUGAAAGAAAAUAGCGAACUUCUGGAAUAUCUCUUUGGAAUCGACGAGGUCGUCCGCAAUGCCAAUCCAUGGAACGGACUGGUGUCGUGGGUUUUGGGCUCAUCGAAUCGCCAGCACACUGAUGAUUCAGUGAUUCUGGAGCUGUUGCGAUCAAAAUCCGAAUCAUUUCUCCAGACAUGGCGGGCAAUAAGCGAGGACAAAUCACUCCAUGUCACUCCAGAUAUCCUGCAAAUCUUGACCUCGUUUUGCAUCACAUCUGCUCUCUUCGUGGCAUGUCAGCCAGAGCGCCUUGGAUCUCAGGUGCAAGAUCUUGACCGGAACUGCCAGGUUCUGUGGAGUGGGCUUAUUGAGUGCAUGGCAGCAUAUGGACCGAGAUUCAUUGUACCAUCCCUUGAGAUUCUAUCACCCCUUCUUCCAUCGUCCCUGCCGAAUACCAAUGAUAUUUUCUGGAAAGCUCUUUCUCCGCUUAUUGCUCCACUUGCAAAGCUUCUUGAAAGGAUUCGUCAAGGCCAGGAAUCAGCCGCAUCGGUUGCCAGUGACGCUAUGGACAUGGACGAUCGACUCACGACCGGUGAUGACCAAAUAUCGACGGACCAAAGUAUUCUUUCUCUGAACCGGCAGCAGAGUCCUUUGAUCUCAGAUGCUUCCACUUUUCAGCGCUGUUUGACUGUUCAAAUGUCAGUACUGUUACGAGGUGAUACUGAGGACAACUCACCGGAGCAAGCAGCGCUGGUAGACUAUCUAAAUGGGCUUAACUCAGCGGAUAUGCUCUCGGCAUCGCACUAUUUGUCUGGAAUCUUCCACGCUUGGUCAAACAUGCCGAGAGAACAUAUUCUACGAAUUCUUGAGGAUUUCGGAGAGAAGUGUCUAUCGUCAUAUGAAAUGGAGCGGUGCGAGGCUUCCAACAGCCUUUGCAUUUGUAUGAUGACUGGGUUUGCUACUUCCUGGGCCAACGACCAAAGUGACACACUCAAUGAGUCAGCCAUGGAUGUUUAUAACUGGUUUAUCCAGGAUCUACUGAGCAAAAAACGAGCCUCGCCAAACAUCUAUGUUCUCCUGCUCCAGCUUCUUCAGACUGUUCUUGAUACGUGGCCCUCCUAUGGCAGUGAUCAAUCCCUGCCGUCGCCACGCACAAGUCUUCUCAAAAUCCUUCACGAAGGAGACAUCCAAGUCAAGUUCAGUGCUGCCAAGCUGCUCCCUGGUUUAUUUGGACGAUUCCUUUUCAAGGAUCACGACGUCAUAUUUGACGACGUGUUGGAAAAUUUGCCGAGAGAUCCAGACUGGCUCGAAGGCAUUGCUCUACGCCUCUUUGUGCUGUCUCGCCUGGCUUCAGAAUGGCACACUUUGCUACGCAGGAGCAUCUAUCAUAUGUUUGAGACUCCAGCUCAUGUUCCGCUUUCUCUUGGGUAUGCUCAAAAAUGCAUGAAGUCAACUUCUAAUGCACUUGGCCUGAGUGACUCUCGAGAAUUGUUCCGCCUCUUCGCAUCCCAAAUACUGUACACCUGGACCGAGACACAAAGCUUCACCGCAAUGCCAUUCAGCAUAUUUGAAUACGCGACUCUUGAAGAAAUGCUGGCAGACGUCCAGGAUGAGAUUGUUGGGCAAAUGAUGAUGCGAGGCAGAGAGUCAGAGAUACAGGAGUUUGCAGACCUUCUGGAAAUUCCACAUAUCGAUCUCAUCAAGGCUUCAUUCCCCAAGGCAGAAGCAUACAGCAUUGCACGCGACAUUAGCACACCACCGGGGCAAGGAAGCCAACCUAAGGGCGUCGAGGUUCGAUUGCGAAAGUUGCUCGGCGCGGAAGGGUUCAUCACAGAAAUUGAAGCCCAAUUCCCACGGGUCAUCACUACUUUCUUCAGAUCACUUGAUCGAUUCGACCAAAUUGAACGCGCAUUUUCAAAACGACCGAAAUUUCAGUAUGCGUCUGAUAUCCAAGCGCGUAUUGUUGGAAAUUGCGCUCCGCAAAGCUCUCUGCCUGCCAACCAGCAGCCGUCCUUCCGAGCCCGAUAUCUCCUUGACGAGCUUGACUUUCUUUGCAAGUUAGCUGGCUUCGACCUCGAGUCCAUGUGGACCCCCACACUCGCGACAUUCGUGUGCCGGUCGCUGCUUGAAUCAAUACACCCUGCCCUUGGUUCUCUUCACAAGUGCUCCGUGAUCCGGAAAAUCAGAAUCCUUGUCUGUUUGUGCGGUUCUAUCGUCCUCCAGGAUUAUCCCUUUGAGAUGCUCCUUCACUCUCUUCGGCCAUUCAUAUCUGAUAUUCACUGUUCCGAGGAUGCUUUGGGCAUUAUGUGGUACCUCCUCGAAGCCGGAAAGCGCUACUUGACAGAAAACCCUGGGUUUACGGCUGGAAUUUGCAUCACCACAUUUGCAACUCUUAGCAGCCUAUUCUCAUUGAAAUCGGGAAAGAAUACAGACGAGGGGCAGUUCCGGAGCGUUCUUACAAACGCUGAAAGAUUUCACCAAUGGCUUUGCGAUUUUGUGGAAAAGGAGAACUUUGCAAACUGGAACUUGACUGUGAAGGAGUCGUUCUUCAAAAUGUUCAAUCUGUCGCUGCAAAUAUCCCACAGAGAGCAGACAUCAGGUUUCAAACUACAAGAGAUAUUAAUGCUUGAGCUUCUCACCGACCGAGGUUCAGCCAAUUCCCUCUUGGGAAAGCCGAUGUGUGAUCUUGCCCUGUCUCUACUGUGUUCUGAUUUUGAGCGGUCGCUGGAUCCAAAAGGGGCAAUUCCCGCGGAGCACCUAGACUCGUCUCACCUAGUUGUCCCACUGUGGCAUACACUUCACAAGUUUGACGGAGGGCAAGAUUACCGACUGUGGGCCGCCUCGGUCAUUGGGCGUUCAUUUGCGUCGAACGGGCAAAUCGAUGAUAACCUGCUGAGGGAGCAAGACCUGUCCCUAUUUGUGAGGGCUGGCUUGGACGAAGAAUCGGUCUUCUGCCACUCCAAAGCUCGGAUAAUCCAAGCGCUGUGCGACAAAUUACAGACACAGGACAACAUACAAGCCGGAUUGAUCGAACACACUUUGCAAACGAUUCUGAAUAAUAUCACGACCAACUGUCCUGAAGUUCAGCCCUGCGCCGAGGUUAUUCCGGACUCAUUGAUGAAAGCUCUUCUUUGGAAUCCCUACACCUGUCCCGAGAUAACACUUUCCUCCCUGGAACUGGAGCGAUGCAGCAAAACAGACAUAAGUGCGACGGGUCUCACUGUUGCCGAAUGGGCCCGAAACAUCUCUCUUUUUCUCUCAGGUGCUGUUCUAGACGAUCCGGUGAUUGGGCCUCUUCGCAAAUCUCUCAAUGUGAUCCCCGAUUUGGCUGUCCAGAUAUUGCCAUAUAUCAUUCAUGAUACCCUGUUGGCGGAACGAGAUGUGGAGGGACCUCUAAAACAAGCCAUCUCUUCUGCCUUCAGAGAAGUGUUGAGCAGUGUACACGAGAAGACCACGUCGCAUGCUCGAGUAGUCAUAAACUGCAUCCUGUACCUGCGGAACCAACCUUUCCCGGAAGAAGCGACGAUAGCCCAACGGGACAAAUGGCUUGAGAUCGACUUUGCCAAGGCAUCAUCCGCGGCGCAUCUCUGUGGUCUUCAAAAAACUUCUCUUUUAUUCCUUGAGAUCGAGGCCUCGAGGAUCAUCGCAGGAUCUCGUCGUUCUUCUGUCUCCAGAUUCGAACCCCCUGUUGGACUUGUGCAUAGCGUAUUCAAAAACAUUGAUGAUCCAGACUUGUUCUAUGGAAUUCAGCAGAGCUCAUCGUUGCAGACUGUCAUGGAAAGGCUGGAAUACGAGGGCUCUGGUUUCAAAAAUCUGCUGUUCCAAAGCGCUCAGUAUGAUAGCGAGAUCCAGCUGUUGGAUAAUGGAAACCCCUUCGGCGUGCUGAAAGCUUUGAACGCUACAAAUCUUCAAGGCAUUUCCAAUACAAUGUUGACCGCCUCAGGGACAUCAAAGGAUACGCAGAUUCCUUCCGAUAGCUCCUUGAAAGCAGCCAUGAGUCUUCAGCAAUGGGAUAUUCCUGUUUCACCCUUAGACUCGUCACCACAAGCAACAAUUUUCCGUGCUUUCCAGAGUUUGCACACAUCCUCAAGUUUGUCAGAAGUUGUCAACUGCAUCGAUAACUGUAUUUUAACAACCCUGGACGGUGCAAUCGAAAACGGUCGAUCUGAAUUGCAGCUACGUACUGCGAUGCGCGCCAUGGGAAUCUUGGCGGAGAUGGGAGACGUUAUUCAAUCACCCUCCCCUGAGGACAUGCAACGGGAAUGGGACAAAAUUAUUGACCGCAGCAGCUGGCUCAAGACUGAAAGUUAUAAUGAAGUCGGAGAGAUCUUGAGCUGGCAUGAGGGGCUUUCCUCGUCAAUCAGAAAACAGGAGCUUCUAAGGUCAAAGCAGAACUUGAGUCUGGAGGAUUCUCGCCUGAUGGAAGCAAAAGUAUUCCGUCAGUCGUUGGAAGUUACCCGAAGUCACGGCAUUUCACAGGCGUCCCUGAAGUCCGCUAUCAGCCUCUCCAAACUCUCUGUGCCUUGUGGUGAAUUGGGUAUGAAUAUUGAAGGAGCCGCAACGUUCGAUCUUGCAAACGUCCUCUGGGAUCAAGGAGAAAUGACAGCCUCGAUUCGCAUGCUUCAGCAACUCAAAGGCCAAGGAGAUCUUAACAAACAAGCGAUUCCACUCAGCCGUGCUGAGUUGCUUGUAACUCUCGGCCAUCAUGUCGCCGAGGCUCGAUUGGAGAAGCCCGAAUUAAUCCUCCAGGAGUACUUGUAUCCGGCAGUCAAAGAGCUGAAAGGAGCCUCGGAGGGAGAAGCGGCUGGACGAGUGUAUCACGGAUUUGCGACAUUCUGUGAUGAGCAACUGCUGAAUCCUGAUGUACUGGAGGACUUUAAGAGGGUGAAACAACUUCGAGAUCGCAAAGAGAAGGAACUUCUUGGCCUCGAAGAAAUGAUUAAAACGUCACAGGGCCGUGAAAAAGAGUCUUUGAAAGCAUUCUCCAAGAAUACAAAACGAUGGUUCGAUCUCGAUGACCGGGAAUACCAACGUUUGUUGCGAAGCCAGGAAGCCUUUCUGCAACAGUGUCUUGAAAAUUACCUGCUCGCACUAAGGGAGAGCGACAUAUACAACAAUGACGCUCUGCGAUUCUGUGCGCUCUGGCUCGAUAAAUCGGAUAGCAAAACAGCUAAUACCGCCGUCUCUCGAUAUGUUAAUGAUGUCCCCAGCUGGAAGUUUGCAGCGCUUAUGAACCAGCUCUCUUCCCGUCUUCUUGAUGUGACAGAUGAUUUUCAAUCGCUUCUCACGGAGCUUGUGUUUAGAAUUUGUGCAGAGCAUCCAUUUCACGGGAUGUAUCAAAUCUUUGCUAGCAGCAAGUCAAAGGGAGGAAAAGAUAAAUCCUCUCACUCUCGUUUCCGCGCUGCAAACAAGCUCGUGGAUCGCCUGAAGAACGACAAGAGUGUUGGCUCUACCUGGGUCGCUGUCCACAAUAUGAACAUCACUUAUGUGCGCUUCGCCGUCGAUCAGCCCGACGGCAAGUACAAGAGUGGAGCCAAAAUCCGUUUGGAUAAACUGGCUACGGGGAAGCGUCUUGAGCAAGAUGUAACCACGUACAGGCUGCCACCACCUACCAUGAAAAUCGAUAUUCGACCCGACCGUGACUACAGCAAUGUGCCUUCAACUGCUACUUUCCUUCCCGAAUUCACAAUUGCGUCAGGCGUCAGUGCACCAAAGAUUGUGACAGCCGUCGCAACUGAUGGUGUCCGUUAUAAGCAGCUGUACAAGGGUGGAAAUGAUGAUCUUCGCCAAGAUGCCAUCAUGGAGCAAGUGUUUGAGCAAGUCAGCAGUUUGCUCAAAGAUCACCAGCCAACUCGCCAUCGAAACCUGGGCAUUCGAACUUACAAGGUCCUCCCGUUGACGCUUAAUGCCGGCAUUAUUGAAUUCGUUCCAAACACCGUCCCAUUAGGUGACUUCCUGAUGCCUGCCCACCAGCGGUAUUUCCCCAAGGACAUGAAGCCAAACGCUUGUCGGAAGCAAAUUGCGGAGGUGCAGACCAAGUCGUUUGAACAGCGAGUGAGGACAUAUCGCCAAGUGACAGAAAGCUUCCACCCGGUUAUGAAAUACUUCUUCAUGGAGAGGUUCAAUAAUCCAGAUGACUGGUUCAGCAGGCGACUUUCCUACACAAGAAGUACGGCGGCGAUUUCAAUUCUCGGACAUGUACUUGGACUCGGCGAUCGACAUGGUCAUAACAUUCUCCUGGACGAGAAGACUGGAGAGGUUGUGCACAUUGAUCUGGGUGUUGCAUUUGAACAAGGUCGCAUUCUCCCCAUUCCUGAAGUGGUCCCUUUCCGCCUGACCAGAGACCUUGUUGACGGCUUCGGAAUCACCAAGACUGAAGGCGUCUUCAGACGAUGCUGUGAAUUUACUCUGGAGGCUCUCCGAAAAGAGUCUUACAGCAUAAUGACAAUUCUGGACGUUCUCCGCUACGAUCCACUCUACAGCUGGACUGUCUCUCCUCUGCGCAUGAAGAAGAUGCAGGAUAACCAAGAAGGCAACGAUGGGCCGCCUGUUCUUUCUGAGACUACUACGGAAAAGCCCUCAGAGAAUGAGCCCAGUGAGGCUGAUCGAGCCUUGAAAGUUGUAGCCAAGAAGUUAGGCAAGACAUUGAGUGUCACUGCCACUGUCAACGAGCUCAUUCAACAGGCUACGGAUGAGAAAAAUCUUGCUGUUCUCUAUUGCGGUUGGGCUGCCUAUGCUUAG